GGUUUUACUCCUCUGAUCCCUGAGGGACCUCGCGUUUGACAUUCCUCACAUUCCGACCUCAGUCCCUCCUCGGUUACUUAUUAUCGCCGCCUGCUCUCUCCACAAUCAUUUCACAGCGAGACACGGGGAGAGAGAGAAGUGGGGGAGGAGGAUGAGACUCGUCUGACUCCGACAAACUCAUGUUAAAAACAACGAGAGGAGGAGGAACAAGAAGAACAAGCGGGAUUACUGCGACUUUUCUACUUCGACGCCGAGCAGAGGGUUUUGUUAUGAUGAGAGCGUGAGCUGGUUCACAGCUGGUUUAUUUCUAUACUUUCAUACUGAGGAAGAGCCCAACCAAUCGUUCCAGAGAAUAAAAACCCACACAAAGCAGCAUGUCGUCCACUGAAGAGCCAUCUGGCACGGUACUGCACCGACUCAUCCAGGAGCAGCUCCGCUAUGGAAACCCUACAGACACCCGCACCUUGUUAGCCAUCCAGCAGCAGGCCCUGCGUGGAGGCAGCGGGAGCAACAGUGGACCCAGCAGCGGAGGUGACAUGGGCAGGAGCCCACGAUCCUCCCUGGAGAGUCUCACCCAGGAGGACCCUCCUUUCCCUCAGCUCUCUGCGAGGCAGGAGCCUCAGGGCCAGGAGCACCAGGGAGACCACCACUCAGAAAGUGGUUAUCAGCUCUACCAGCUGCACGGCGAGGAGUUGCCGACCUACGAGCAGGCCAAGGUGCACUCGCAGUAUCUGGCCUCGCACUGGGCCCCUGCGGGCCCGAUCAGGCAGCUCCAUGAAGGGAAGCUCCUGCAUGAGGGGGCCUUCCACGAGGAGGCAGAUUUGGCAGAACUGAAGUGCAGCCAUGUGCGGUCACUCAGUGAGCAUCAUAUGCAGAUAUCUCUGGAGAGGAAUGCUGCAGCUUCUAAGGCAGAGGCCACCAAGAGCACCUCUCACAGCUACCCAGAGCUGCCUUACUACACCCCACAAGCCCUGCAAAGCACCGGGUUGAGCCUGGGCAAACACAAUCCUCCUCCAGAGUACUCAGCCCCCAUUCAGAGCCAAGGAUUUAUCCCUCACCAGGUCCAGGAGCCCCUGCAGCAGCACAGGUAUGUCCAGUCUGGUCAGCCCGCCGAACUCCCCUGCUACAACACUUUCAGCAGCCUGCCACCUGCUGGCCUGGAGGAGCCCAGUCAGGUGGAGCUGCUGCUGAUGGAAAAUGAGAGGCUGAGACAAGAGCUGGAGGGGCACAGGGAGAAGACCAGCCGUAUUCAGAAGUUGGAGCAGGAGAUCCAGCGUAUUUCUGAGGCCUACGAGACGCUGAUGCAGGGCAGCACGAAGAGAGAGAACCUGGAGCAGACGCUGAGGAGGAGGCUGGUGGCUGAGAUCAGGAAGCUGCAGGAUUUCAACAGAGACCUCAGAGAAAACUUGGACAAUGCCAGAACGCAUGUCGCAAAAGAAGUUCAAGCAGCUGACCACAACCAGCACAUCGUGGCCAAACUCCUCGAGCAAAAUGAGGAGCAGAACUUUGAGCGGGAGCGCGUCGAGCGAGAAGUGCAGCGGUUGCGAACCACGGCGGAGGAGCAGAGCGCCCGGACAAAGGGGCUGGAGGAGGCCCUGGAGGCUGCCCGAGGACGAGGCCGCCAGCUCGAGGAGGCGUUGAGGAGGAAGAGGGCUUAUGUGGAUAAGGUGGAGAGGCUUCAGAGUGCACUGGCUCAGCUGCAGUCCACCUGCGAGAAGAGGGAGAGCCUGGAGAUGAAGCUGAGGACGCGGCUAGAGCAGGAGCUGAGGAGUCUGAGGGCACAGCAGCGGCAAUCCCAGCCACCAGGAGUGACCAUGGGCUCCCUCCAAGAGCGUCUGCGGGAGCGUGAGGAGCAAAUCCUGGCUCUUGAGGCCGACAUGGUGCGCUGGGAGCAGAAGUACCUGGAGGAGAGCACCAUGAGGCAGUUCGCCAUGGAGGUGGCUGCCACUGCCGCUGCCCAGAGAGACACCACCAUCAUUAACCACUCGCCCUGCCACUCCUCAAACAACAGUUUCAACGAAGACCUGCCAGUUGACUACAGGAAUCAGGAGAUGGAAAACAGGAUCCGUGCUCUUUACGCUCAGAUCCUGGAAAAGGACGCUGUGAUCAAGAUCCUCAACCAGCGGCUGCACCAGGACCAGGGGCGUAAGGAUGAGCAGUGUCCCCGAGCAAACUACCUAAUCGCAGCGGGGGGCCCUCUCCGACCUGCCUCUUCCACCCCUUCCAUCAGCACCAUAAAGAGCAACACGAAGAGUAGAGGUAAGAGUCUUUCUGAUGAUCAGACUUUGCCAAACCGCCCCUUCUCUGCUCAGUCUGAAUCUGGAACGCUAGAGCGGCACACGGAGGGAACCAACGAGGCUGCCAGCACAACUAAGCUCCACAGUGAAAAGGAAGCUCCUAAGAAGCUGCUGUUUAACCCUUUCAGAGGCCUGGAAGAGUUGGAGUCUGAGGCGGUGGAAAUCUUCAUUUAAAGAACUGAGAAGUGGAUUUUAAAUGAGGAAGAACGGAGGGAAAAAAAGCAAUUCUGAGAAUCUGUGAAGUGUUUUUUAAAAUAACUGAAUGGAAGAAAUAUAUUUGGAUGCGAGAAUGUUGUGGAAAGAGGCCAAAGCACGAAAAAAGACUGUUUUCAGGUUUUAGAGUCAGAGCUGUGCUUCGACUCACUCUCACUAAGCUGGACAGCUGCAGGCGGUCGGUCCUGGCUGUGUGAGAAGAGAUUAAUCUUCUGAGGUACUUGGACAGUAUUGUGGAUUGUUACAGAGCAAAAUGUUCUCACAGAGUGUAUGCCAAAA